AUUUUAGCUUAUGGAUAAGACCAUUACAGUAAUUGGAAGCUAUGGAGAAGUGGUUUCCACUGAUCGAAUUGUUUUCGCGAUUUCAUGCUCAAGCUCAAAACCAACAGCAGAUGAGGCCAGGGACAGUGUAGAUAAAAGACAAAAAUAUAUCUCCCAAUCCUGUAUUAAUGAUGGUGGUAAAGAUGUGCGGGAGAAUUGUCUCAUGGCAAAAUCUGGUGACAUGUUCACUUUUAUCAAAGAAACUAGAGUUACUCUAAGCUCAACAGAAAAACUUGAUACUCUUCGAAACAAAUUUGUAGAGAAACUUGACAAUAGUAUUAAGCUACAUGAUACACUAUACGGGUUUAAGGAAAAGACUUUAGCGGAGACAAGUAAAAGAACAUUUACCAAUGCCUGUAGAGUAGCAACAGAUAAAGCAAACCAUCUGUGUAACAAUAUGGAUGUGAAGCUAGGCGAAUGCAUUAAGAUAGAGGAGCUCAGUUCAGACUGGAUACAGAAUUCCGAUUUAGCAAACAACUUUACAGAGAGGGAAUACAGAUGCAAAGUUCAAGCUCAGUAUGGUAUUAUCCAAUGAAACAUUGAUCAAACUUCUCAACAACUCUAAUAAACAUUAUCUAAACAGUUCACAUCUGUUGUCUCCAUAGCAGUUGUCUUCCUUACUACAAGAGCUUAAUUCAUCAGCAGAUUUGUAACUAAUUCACUGCAGACAUGCUUAUCUAAUUCAGUUAAAACCAACAAGUUUUGUACCAUUUCCGUUGUAAAAUGUGUUAAUAAGUUUUAAGAUAUGUUUGUGCUUUAAAUAUAUUUAAUAUCCAGAAUUUGUACGUUAUUUUUUGUUUUGUUUAUUUGACAUUAUAUUUGAAUUAAUUUUUACAGUUGCAGUGGCAUGGUAUAAGAUGAAAUAUUGAAAAAAUCUUUUCCUUAUCGUUUUCUUAUUUUGGUGAUGCGAUGGGAAGCUAACUUUUGUUCGCUAUUGUCUGCAGAUUGUACAGUUUAAACUGGGUUAAGUUUCAUAUUGUCAUAGAUAAUUUCUUAUAAUAAUGAUAUUCUGAUUUCUGUGCUUCCAUUAAAGUUGAAUUAACUCCAAAUCUUAAAG